AUGGAUGCUGAUGGGAAUUUGUUCAUUUAUAAUCAUGAUUCUCAUUUGGUCUGCCUCUUACUUUAUGUGGAUGAUAUCAUAGUUACUGGCAAUCAUGCUGCCUUUCUAACAUCUCUUCUUGUUGUUUUGGGUACUGAUUUUGAUCUAAAGGACUUAGGCAGAUUGCAUUACUUCUUGGGGCUUCAAAUAGACUAUACACCUAGUGGUCUCUUUGUUCAUCAGACUAAGUAUACUUUGGAUUUGCUGAAUAAGUUUUCCAUGUCUGGCUGCAAGCCUUGCAAGACUCCUUGUUCUCCUAAUGCUCAUCUUCUUGCCAAUGAUAGUCCUUUGUUGCAUGAUCCUACCUUUUAUAGAAGCCUGGUGGGUGCUUUACAAUAUCUUACUUUCACCAGACCUGACAUAUCCUUUGCAGUUCAACAAGCUUGUCAAUUCAUGAGUAGUCCUACCUCCAAUCAUCUUCAGGCUGCUAAGAGGAUUUUGAGGUAUUUACAGGGUUCUAUUCAUCAAGGUUUGGCCUUUACACCUGGUCCAUUGACCCUCUCUGCCUACAGUGAUGCGGACUGGGCUGGUGAUCCUAUGGAUAAGAAGUCCAUCUCUGGUAUUUUAGUAUUUCUUGGUCAUUCUCCAAUCACCUGGUCUGCCAAGAAGCAAUCUACAGUCUCUCGCUCUUCCACUGAGGCUGAGUACAGAGCUCUAGCGUCUUGUGCUGCUGAGCUUUGCUGGAUUAGGAUGCUUCUCAAGGAUUUUGGUGUUUUUCUGUCUGAUCCACCUGUUUUGUGGUGUGAUAAUGUCUCAGCCCUUGCAAUUGCUUCUAAUCCUGUCUUUCACGCUCGUACCAAGCAUAUAGAAGUGGACUUCCAUUUUGUUCGUGAGAGGGUUCUAAGACAUGAUCUUCUGGUUAAGUUUGUUGCCUCUCAAGAUCAAUUGGCUGAUAUUUUGACUAAGGGUUUGGCUUCUCCUCGUUUUCAGUGGCUGACUUCCAAACUCAUGUGGAAAUUUCCCAUGAGCUUGAGGGGGGAUGAAGAACAUAAGGUAGCAGAGGAUGAAGCCAUUUCUGGUGAUGAAGACGAAGAACCUUUAGAUGCUAUCAAACUUGCAAAAGGCAAGAUGAAAACGGUGUCGUAG